AUGGGCGUUUCCAGAUAUCACAGGCGGUUCCACAUGCUCGUGCCACUUGUCAUGCUCUGGUUGGUCGUCUGCGCGCUGCCGUCCGCGCGUAGCGAUGACGAUGACGAUGACGACGAGGGUGAUGACGCGGUAACCGGUGCAUGCGAGGUGUCGUCGCUCGCCGGUUACAAAUACGCCGUCGACCUCAGCGGCAGCGGUCUCUACCUUCACUGGGCUCCUAAGGGCACUACUGAGAUGGACUUUGCGAUCGAGGCGCGGCCCGGAAGCAGAGCGGAGUCCACGUGGGUGUCCGUUGGGUGGUCAUCUGGACGGAUGGCUCCCGCCGACGCGGUCAUGGGGAACCUUCCUGGAAACAAGGUCGCGGCGUACUCGAUACAAGGCUACGACAUGGGGUCCGUCGUACCGACGACGGCGUUUUCGGUGGCGGCGGCGGAGGUUCUGACCAGCAAUGGCGGCAGCACGGUUUCCAAGUUCACGCGCACGAUCGGCGACGGGGAUUUCCCCGUCGCGCCCGACGCGAACACGCUUAUCUGGGCGUUUUCCGAAAGUGUCUCGCAGGGGCUCGAUUACCACGGCGGGAACUUUCCUUAUCAAGUUCUUGUUUGUAUUAUAUGGGCGAAUCUCGUCCCUCACUCUGCCUGCCAUUCUUCCCGUCGUCCCGUCGUCACCCCGUCCCGUUCUCGCAGCGGCAUCGUGAACAUCGACUUCACCUGCGCUAGCGGCGCCGCGCCCGCGACGGGUGCACCAGACUCCAUCACCGGCGGCGGCGGCAGCAGCUCGGGUUCCAGCAGCGGCGGCGGCGGCGGCGGCGGCGGCGCUUCGUGCCCGGCUUCCUCGCUGGCGGGAUUCGACUAUCAGGCGGAACUCACCCCAGGGUACGCGCAAACUCCCAUCGUCUUCCUUCGGUCGUCGUCCACAGCCUCGCGUCCGCCGCGCCCCUCUUCCAUCGACCCAUUUGCCCGUUUUCCGCUUUCCCCGGCUAUCUCUCUCUCUCCCCCGCUUCCCCCCGCUCCGCUCCCCCUCCCCGCCAACAGUCUGCUCCUCCACUGGAAGCCAGCGUCCGCCACGUCGCUCGACAUGGCGCUCGAGGCCACCGCAUCCGGCGGCGCCGCGGGCUCGUGGAUCUCCGUGGCCUGGACGGGCGACGGCCGGAUGGUCCCGUCGGACGCGGUCAUCGGGAACAUGCCGGGCGGCGCGGCCGGCGCGUACGCGAUCUCGGGAUACGAUAUGGGAUCCAUCGCGAAGACGACGACGUUUUCCGUCGGCGCGGCGGCGACGGAGACGUCGAGCGGCGGAAGCGCGAUCGUGAAGUUUACGCGGACGGAGGGGGAAGGUUCGAUCCCGAUGUCGCUUUCCGCGCCGAACGCGCUGAUCUGGGCGUAUUCCGGGAGCGGAUCUCAAUCGUUGGAUUACCACGGCAAUAACUUUGGUUCAAAAACCGUGAGCUUCAACUGUGGCGGCAGCAGCACCACUCCCACCACUCCUACCACUCCCCCCACUACCGCCAGUCCUCCCCCCGCAGUCCCCGCGCCCUCUCCCCCCGUCACCACCCCCACUCCGCCCACCACCUCCCCCUCCGCACCUGGCGCCAGUGGCAGCAACAGCAGCGGCCCUGCGUGCACGCCGUCUAGUCUGGAUGGCUAUACCUGCUCCGAGAAACUCAGCGGAAACGACUUCGUUCUGCACUGGAAGACCAACGGUGACUCCAUUGACCUGGCGUGCGAGGUGGCAACCACCGGGUGGGUCUCCCUGGGGUGGAGCGCCGACGGCAAGAUGUACCCCGCUGACGCCGUUGUUGGCAACCUCCCCUCCUCCACCACCAUGCGCGCCGCUAGCACCACUUCGGGCGGCGCUACAGUCGCCAGCUACAGCGUUGCUGGCUACAGUGAAUCUGACAUCACUCCGGCGGCGGCGACCCUCCCGCUGGCCGCUACAGCUGUGGAGACCUCGUCCAAUGGGAAGACGGUGGUGAAAUUCUCGCGGAGCCUGGCCGGAGGGGAUUUCCCGAUUGACACGAGUGCGAUGACGAAUCUUAUCUGGGCGUUUUCAGCUGAUGGGUCCAAGACACUUGCCAAUCACGGGGGCAACCGCGGUUCUGCGGCUGUGAGUUUCGCUGCCGGCGCUGCUGCCUCAUCUCCCCCAUCAGGCUCGGGAUCAGGCUCGGCACUCCCUCUUCCCUCCCCCCCUCUCCAGCUUCAUCCUACACUGGAAGGCCACCGGGGCCUUGCGAGCUUCAUCCUGCACUGGAACACCACCGGGGCAAACAUCGCCUUCGCCUGCAAGGUAGCAACCACCGGCUUCGUCCUGCACUGGACCACCACUGGGGCAAACAUCGCCCUGGCCUGCGAGGUGGCAACCACCGGGUGGGUCUCCCUGGGGUGGAGCGCCGACGGAAAGAUGUACCCCGCUGACGCCGUCGUCGGCAACCUUCCCUCCACCACCACCAUGCGCGCCGCUGCGGGCAGCGCAGCAGGCAGCGCCACUACAGUCGCCAGCUACAGCAUUGCCGGCUACAGCGAGUCUGACGUCACUCCGGCGGCGGCGACCCUCCCGCUCACCGCUACAGCCGUGGAGACCUCGUCCAAUGGGAAGACGGUGAUCCGAUUCUCCCGCGCCAUGGCCAAGGGGGAGUUCCCGAUGAGUGCGACCGGGCCGACCAAGGUCAUCUGGGCUUACUCGGCUGAUGGGUCUAAGGCCCUGGCCAAUCACGGCCCCAACCGGUACAUUCUCCACUGGAAGGCCAACACAUCAACAAUCAGUUUCGCUGCUGAGGUGGCGACCUCCGGUUGGGUCUCGCUUGGGUGGAACAGCAACGGCAAAAUGGAGCCGGCCGACGCAGCCAUUGGCAACCUGCCACCUGGCAGCAACAGCGCAGCGGUCGGCCCGUACAGCAUCACGGGAUACGGUGCGUCAGACAUCUCUGCCACGUCAGCAUUUGCCAUGUCAGGCACCACAGUGGAGUCGGCAGCCAAUGGGAAGACGGUUGUGAAAUUCACGCGGCCGAUGGCGGGAGGAUCAUACCCGAUCAACACGAACGGGCCUACCACGGUCAUCUGGGCUUAUUCUGCUGAUGGCUCUCAGACUCUCGCCAACCAUGGUCCAAACUGCGGAUCCGCUCAGAUCGACUUCAUCUCCGGCUCAAGCGUCUCGACCUCCUCUUCCUCUUCCUCAACGGCCUUCAUCAUCCACGGAUGGCUGCUCGGCAUCGCGUUCGGAAUCCUCAUGCCCGCUGCUAUUCUCAUCUCGCGAAUCUUCCUCGCCGAUAAGCUCCAGGAGAAGCCGCCCGGCGUGGACCACAUCCAGUGGGAGGAGCAGAUUGCGCGCUGCGAAAUCCUGGAAGCCUAUGGCUUUCGAAACGCACAAGUGGAUGCAGAUUGUCGCGGUUGUGCUGGCUAUCGCGGGGUGCAUAAUCGGAAUGGUUGA